AUGGGUGUUUUACCUGGAAUAUACAGUUUUGCGCUAGCAGGUCCAGACCAAAACGGGUCAGUCUACAGAGCGCUACUACGUAGCCAGCCGUCUGAUGCUGCUAGCGCCGGCGCCGAGGAGAUCCGAGGCAUGAAAUAUGACAAGCUUGAAGAUGAAGACAGGGACGAAAAAAUGGUCUUUGACCUAGAAGAAAUGACAAGCGACCUUCUGACCGACUUUGCCAAUAGCAUGUCGUUACCUGACGACUUCGAGGAAACGAAGUUGGAAUUGAGCAUCUUAAGAUAUAGCAACAUUCACGUUUCUCUUGAUAAGUAG